AUGGCUCUCGCUCUCCCUGUGUCAGUCAUACAAGAGGCAAGGACUGUGAUCGAAGGCACCAAUGCUGAAUGUGACUUGGCUACAACUGUACACAAUUUUGUGCGACCAAUGGCCCCUAACAGCCAUUUUUCCGUGGCAAAAAUUGACGAAAUUCAACAGGUUGGUCCUUGAAUUGAUCAUUCACUCCAGCGUGUGGUUUUACAAUAACGGACGAAUUCCAUCACUGAGUUAGAUUACAACUCCCGCGACAAAAAACUCUGCGCCAAAGAUUUUACAAAAAAAACUCAUCGAAGCGUAUCUGUUUUUUUCAUACAGUCGAUUUGACUUUUCUUUUAGUGGUGGGCUUUGGGAACUAUCUCGAAUUUAAGGCCUUAUGCGGAUCGCCUGAAAGAGAUGCUCACUUAGCGCUAAUACUUUAUUAGGGUAUUAAAUGAGUUCUCAUUAUUGAGCAGUUCCAUUCAAUUAAUCAUGUUGUUUAUUUCACUGAAAUUUCAUUUACGCUUGAAGUCAAUUUGUUCGUUUCCUGAAGUAUACUCUAUUUCACUUCGGAAAACUGAACAUUUACUUUUGAUAAUGCUGAUGAAACAUUGACGCAUUAAACGAACAACUCAGUGAGAAAAACAUAAUAGCAAUUUAUCAUUUAAGCACGCGCGCCAUAUUUGACAGGUUAUAUUUUUCUUCGAACAACACUAACUUGAUUUCGUCUUUUCCCUUUAGACGAUGUGGGAAAUGGAGAAAUAUCUUCAAGGAACAGCUCCUUCGCCACUUACUCUGAGUCCUUUGAUAACAAGAAAGAGAAAAUUCCGACGAGAAAGCGCCAACGUCGUGAACGAUUACUUUACGUUUGAUGACGACUCUGGUGAUGACUGCGCUGUGGUCACGGAUGCGAACAACAACGAUGCGCUACCAGAGAAAGUUUUUGUGUCCGAAGUGGACACAUACAGUCUUGCUCCGGAAUUCACGAACACUACAACGAUCACAACAAUAAAUCCAGUACCUGUAGUGACAGGCAAUAUUCACAUCCAAAAUGACAACCGAUCUCACUACCAUCAACUGAAAGUUGUUCAACCACCUCGCGAUUAUACGGUUAUUUAUCCACCUACGCCGCCAAACUCAAAUCCUGGCUCUCCAGAAAUGGCAACCCAGCAAAUAUACUUGGGACCCCUUGGCCCUCCACCGCCAUACACCCCUCCAACUGUACUGAUCCCACAACAACGACGAGGCUCGCCUGAACUUCAACGAAGGAGGAUCCAUCACUGCGAGCACCCCGGUUGUAACAAAGUAUACACAAAGAGUUCACAUCUCAAGGCGCAUAUGAGAACUCAUACUGGAGAAAAACCGUAUAAAUGUACUUGGGAAGGCUGCGAGUGGCGAUUUGCUCGGUCGGAUGAACUGACCAGACAUUAUAGGAAACACACUGGAGCCAAACCAUUUAAAUGCCAGUUUUGUGAUAGAGCUUUCGCCAGAUCAGAUCACUUGGCACUACACAUGAAACGCCAUCAACCACAACAGCAAUCUUAGAGGAACUGUGCAUGAAUAAAGUAGAUAAAUAUCGUGUUUCUCACGACGAGCAAAACUUGCGGUUCCAUUUGCUCCGAACAGAAAAAGAAAAGAUUUGGUUACAAUGUGAU